AUGAAGAAGAUCGGAGAUUUUCAAUCGGAAUCAUCUGAUGCUUGUUUGCUUCCAUCGCUUCCUGAAGAUGUAUUUGCUCUCAUCUCUCGUUCUCUUUCUCCAAACGACAUUUGCAAUCUAACCUUGUCCUGCAAAAGCCUCUUUGACCUUGUGGAAACAGAGAAGAUCUGGCUUGUGCAGUGUGAAGUAGUAAAGGCUCUUCCUUUAUCCGAAUUAGUCCAAUGGAGAAUCGGAAUCUCUUCUUACAAGUCGCUCUGUAAGUUCCUUGUUGAGGUAGUGAAGCCUCUCGUUGGCGUUUGGGCUCACCAAAACCCUGAGCUUGGGAACGUUGUUUACGUCAUGCCUGGCUUCUUGUCCGUUGUCGGUUGCCGGAUAAUCCCACAAGAGGUUGGUCCAUUGGGGAUUGAGAAAGGUCGGAUUUUGUGGUCGCCGGUGUUCGAGAUCAUCUGCGGCUUUGAUGGCUCCAACAAGUUCUUCCUCCAUGGGAUUGACAGAGAAGAUAGCUGCUUGUACCCUGGCUUCGUUAACGGCAUUGACAAGUGUUGCAACGUGCUUCAGCUCGAGGUUGCCCCGAGGAGGCGAGAGGAGAAGAAGCCUGAAUCUUCCGUUCGGUUUCCGUUCUGCAAGCUUCCGUUUUGCGAUAGAAGGAAGCUGCUUUACAUGGUCACAGGCCGUGUUGGUUUGCCUGAGCCUGAGGUAUCGAAUGUGAGGUUGUUUCCGAGGUCGAGAGACGAUAAAGAGACGAUCUUGGAACGAAGAACAAUGCUGCUGAAGAUGCACAAGUUUGGUGGGAACUGGAAGCAUAUGAAUCUUGAGGAUGAGCUUUGUUACAAUCCAAUUCAGGUUGAGAUAAAUGAGCUGUGGAGUAAUCUUGGCCAUGGAGAGUUACAGAGCAGAGAAAGGAAGAGUCUUGGCCAGGUUUUCAGAAGUGGCAUCAAGCAUAUGUUAAGGAGGUCUAGUUCGAAGAAUGGGUCUACGAGCAGUGAGAUUAGACGUUCGAAUCUGAAGAGGUUUCUUAGCUCUGGUGAUGUGGUUGGUCUUAGUGUGAAAGCUACAAAGAUUAAGCUGUCUUCUUACAGAGGUUGGCCAAACAUGGACGAGACGCAUUUCACACUUUAUAAGCUACCGGUUAAGAAACCAGUGGAGAGGCAAGAGUAUGCUGGUUUGUGGGGAGGAUCUAUUGGCUGGCCUCCAGGGAAAUUUAGUGAAGAUAAACCAGGUAAAGCUAUGUUCUUGCUGAUGCUUGGUUAUGAAGAAUCUGAAGAUGAUGUUGGUGAGAGAGUUCUUAUAGGGACGAAAAUACUUGAAGGGACUCAUUAUGUGAUGCAUCCUAAUGGAUCUGCAAUGUUUGCUGUGAAGAUUGAUUCGCCUUCCUUUGAGGCUUUUCCUCUUGAUGCAAAUGGAGAAGAUUUUGAGUGUUGUUACACAGGAGAAGGUAUUGCAAAAGGUUAUGGUUUCCGGUAUCCUGGUUCUAAACCCGGUUCGUUGUUUGUGACAUCUAAAGGUCUUCUCAUGUUUGUUUGGAGAGAAACUAGAGUUGUGUUGACGUUGCAGAGACUUGAUCUUGGAGAGUUAUUGAAGAGAGGCGUUUGUGUAUCUCCUCUGCCUCCAUGUUUGAAUUUUACUUAUUUGACAAAGUCUCACACCAAUGUGUUUGCUUCGGGGAGAAGAACAACAUCGUAG